AUGUUCUCUCAUCUUUCACUCACCUCUCAAAAACUAUAACACACAUCACACAAGAAUAAACAAAAGACGACUUAUUAUUAGUCAUGGACGUCGUGAGACCAACGGUGGAGAUUCCACCGCGCAAGCUUCUCUCGUCUUCCAAGUCUUUUCAGGCAGAGUCUUCCCCUCGUUCCUCUCCACGUAAACAUAACUGGAACAACAAGAUCAACAAGAUCUCCAUAUCUGAACAAGAAGAAGACAGCUUCAACGAGGACAACAACAACAACACCACCAAAGAUACUAAAGAGUAUUGUUAUGAUUCCGAUACCGAUGAUCCUUACGCAAGCGACCAUUUCCGUAUGUUUGAAUUCAAGAUCCGACGUUGCACACGUAGCCGAAGCCAUGACUGGACUGAUUGUCCUUUCGCUCAUCCCGGAGAGAAAGCUCGACGUCGUGAUCCUCGUCGGUUUCAGUACUCGGGUGAGGUUUGUCCCGAGUUUCGCCGUGGUGGUGAUUGUAGCCGCGGAGAUGACUGUGAGUUUGCUCAUGGAGUCUUCGAGUGUUGGCUCCAUCCUAUUCGUUACCGUACUGAAGCUUGUAAAGACGGCAAACACUGUAAAAGAAAAGUAUGUUUCUUUGCCCAUUCUCCACGUCAGCUAAGGGUUCUUCCACCGGAAGGCUCAUCCGCCUCUGCCUCUCCGGGCAAGAAUCCUUGCUGCUUGUUUUGCAGCAGCUCUCCGACGAGUACUCUUUUGGGUAACUUGUCUCAUCUUUCUCGAUCUCCGUCCUCAUCUCCACCUCUGUCUCCGGCUAACAAAGCCGCUGCCUUCUCACGGCUGAGGAGCUGCGCGGCCGCUGGGUCAAUUAACUAUAAAGAUGUUUUAAGCGAGCUUGUGAAUUCAUUGGAUUCUAUUAGCCUAGCGGAAGCCUUGCAGGUGAGUUCAUCUUCGCCUGUGUCGACACCUGUCUCCGCAGCGGCUGCUGCGUUUGCGUCUUCCUGCGGUUUGAGCAACCAGCGUCUCCAUCUUCAACAACAACAACAACAAAGCAGUCCUUUACAGUUCGCUCUCUCGCCUUCAACUCCAAGUUACCUUGCCAGCUCACCUAGGUCAAACUUCUUCAGCGAUGAUUUCACUCCUCGCCAGAGACAAAUGAAUGAUGUCACGCCACAUGCGGCGGGUAGGGACAAGACUAGCAGCUUUGAGGAUGGUUCUUGCGGUGACCCUGAUAUUGGAUGGGUGAAUGAUCUCUUGACUUAAUAGAUCCACGGUUGAGGAUGAUCUAAUGUAAAUUUCGGUGGAGGAGUUUAAUUUACGUGCAUGAAUUGUGAGGAAAAUGAUCGGUGUGCAACGGUUUGGUUGGUAUGCAUGGAGGGAUUGUUGUUGAAAUUUGUUUUGAAGAUUUUAUUGUUUUAGGGAUUUCAACGAGAGCCAAUCAAGAAUAUCGUCUAUGUAUUGUCUCGUUUAUUUCUAGAAUUUUCUCUUUUUGGUUGGAUUGUACCCAAUAAUGUGUUUCAGCUUGUAUGAUGUGGAUUUGCUUGUAUAAUGUUUCACCAUUUCUAGCUAUGAAUAUUUUCGCUUCAGUGUA